GUGGCGAGACCCCGCCCCGGAAAUGCGUGUUUUAGCUUUCUGUGUGCUUAGGUGCCCGAGCUACUGAGGGUCUAAGUCCGGGCAGCCGAAGAGUGUGGUAGGUAACGGUCGUCAGCGCAAGGGUCAUUUCGUCGCUGGGAAGGGACGGCCCUCGCCCGCGGUGAUGGUGGUUAGCAAGAUGAACAAAGAUGCGCAGAUGAGAGCAGCGAUUAACCAAAAGUUGAUAGAAACUGGAGAAAGAGAACGCCUCAAAGAGUUGCUGAGAGCUAAAUUAAUUGAAUGUGGCUGGAAGGACCAGUUGAAGGCACACUGUAAAGAGGUAAUUAAAGAAAAAGGACUAGAACACGUUACUGUUGAUGACUUGGUGGCUGAAAUCACACCAAAAGGCAGAGCCCUGGUACCUGACAGUGUAAAGAAGGAGCUCCUACAAAGAAUAAGAACAUUCCUUGCUCAGCAUGCCAGCCUUUAAGAUUGAAUUAGAUUGUGUCGUUUUGUGGUUUUAUUUCUGAAAGUAAAACUUGCCAUAAAUUAGGAAUCAAUUUCCCAAAAUAAAAUCCUUUUUUGUAUGAUGGUAUACAGUUUUCAGUAAUGAUGUAUACAUUGUAUUGAUUUUUUUCCCUAAAUGUGUUAUUUUAAUAAAUAUCUCAUGAAUGAGUUUGAAGUUUCCUUGGAUUUGCGAAUAAAAGGGACUUUAUUAAUAAUUUGCCAGAUUUGUUGAAAAAGUCAGCAAUUAAUACAGUUUAAAUGUUAAGUAUGUGCAUAUAUCUGUGCUAACAACCGAAGAGAAGUAAGCAGGCUCUUCUAUUGUCUGGAUGUGGUGUAUUCCUCUUUUGAAUCUCUAUGAUAUUUUAUAAUACAUGUCCCAUCUUGUACUACAGAUGUCUAAUUUCUGAUUUGUUAUAAAUGCUGAGGGUUGGGACUGGGUCUUAAUCAUCUUUAUGUGCCUUCCUUAUUCCUCAAAGAAUUUACCAUCCUAUUGGAAGAGAGAACAUUUGCAAACUGGCUUCAUACCACGCUCCUCUCACAUACUCUACUCAUCUGAACUUUGAGAGCAGAAGCUCUAAAUUGCAUCCCCACAUACUAAGGUCAAGAAAGAACUUGCUGGGAAAUAAUCUCCACCUGUAGCUUUACUCUGACAUCAAGAUUGCCAAAUCCAAUGGACUCUUACCUAUUCUUAUGUGACCUCUGCUGGAAUGAGAAUGUUGACCAUCCUGCCACUUGGAACUUUCUUCCCACUCCUCACAUUGUGUUUUCCUACACUGGAAGUUCCUUCUGUUUCUUGUGGAUACCUUUUGCUGUAUGGGACUUUAAAUAAUGGUGUGUUUUAGUGCUCCCUCCUGGGCCCUCUGCUUGACUAAUGAUACACUUUUCCUGGGCAAAUCCCAGGACACUUGGGUUGGACUGUGGCUUCAAAUAUAAACUUGGUGAUAAAUGGUAAAUUGUAUCUCCAAACCAGACUUCAACCCAGCCUCCAGACCCGAAUACCCAACUGCUGUGGAUCAGCUUUCUUGGAUGUUCCAUAAACACUUUAACCUGA